AUGACGCGGGAAGUAAAUCGGCCAGCGGACGAUGGUCCUGGCCACAAUGUCUUCGAGGUUGAUAUCAUAGCUGCUCUUUGGGAACAAGUCCCCUUUCCGCGGUUACCCGCAGAUGCGCCAUCCGAGAUCAAAGAACUCGUUAUCAAUGUAGAGAAUCCUAAGAGGGUUUACGCUAUCUAUCGCGCCAGUCGUCGUCAUGAUCUCCAGUUACUAGUCGAGAAGUUCAUAGCCCAACUGCGUUACGGAUGCGGCUUCAGUGCCUGUACUACCCCAUCAUGUUUUAGUUGCCGAAAACGACUGGCUGGUAAAGCCCCGAUUCGCCGAUAUAAUCCUACCAGUGCAAGGACUCUAGCCAUAUUCAUGGCAAGCCAGGAUGAUGCCGAUAGUCGACUCUGCCCUCAUUUACAUCCCCCAACCGGUCCUAGCGAUGCUAUAAAACCACUCAUAUUUGGCCUAAAGCGUGCGGCAUCUUCUAACGAUGCAAGCGGCCCGGCUUACACGGGCCUAGGGCCCAAGCUCAAAUCUACCAAGGGAGCUCCAGGCCGAGUAGCGUUGAAAAGGGGACAAUCGCCGAUAGCAAGUUCCUCGCCAUCUGCACAGAUGAAUUGGAAGGAGACUAGCCAGUACCUUAAUAGGCCUCCCGAAGUUGAAGCAACAAAGACCGAGCCAUCGUCACAACUGAAUGGUAUGGAUGGAAUACAUAUUACUGAAAAGUCGAUCAGCAAAGAUUACCGCUCAUUCGCUGCCAAUGUGUUUGGAUCUGUCGCGUUUAAGAUGUUGGAGUGGUUGACACCGAAUAAUAUAGAAAACGCUCUGGAAACUACUGGCAAGACAGAUCCAACGUCUGAGCUGGAUUGCUACUUACCACAAUCGCUAUCACGCUUCAACGUACAAGCAAUCAAUUUCAUAUGCGACGUUUUACAAGAAGAUACUACCUCUGAGAGGCAUCUCCUAGAGCCACCAACCAUUGAUGAAUCUACUAGACGGUCGUCAAAUCGGCUCAAGCCUUGGAAGAGGAAAAGGAAAUCCCAAGCCUCUUAUCCGCAAGAUCUCAAGUUACAAUGGAAGCUGUUUGUUGAACAGAGUAUAUUUCAUGUCCUGAGUGACCCUCAGGCCGUAUUGGACUCGUUCACCAGCGCCAAUGGAACUAUUGACUCACAAACACUAUGGUACUGCAUGUUGCGCUUGACAAGAGUAGCACCCAACCUCGUCUUCGACAGCCUCUGGACUGCCCUGGCGGCUCUCUUUGCGCCGCCGAAGACCUUACAAUCUAUGAGAUCGCCGACUUCAAAGAUGUUCCUUGGCGUUAAAAAGUCAUUUACUAACGUGGAGGCUGCAUCGCUCAUGUCUGUAUGCUUUCACGCUCUGGUCGCUGCGGCACCAUUAGUAAACGAUUCGAGACAAUUAAAUGACAUGUCCCGUAUUAGAGCCCACGGACUAUCGCUCGCUGGUGGCGGUACAGUUGCGAGGCAGCCAUCUUCUUUAUGUUUACAAUAUGAAGACGCCUUCACAGAUAGCAUGGCUCUUCGGUUAGCAAGGAGGUUACUUAGGGUGAUCCCGACACGCCGAUACUUCGACGAGUUGAUUGAACUAGACUUAGAUAAGGAGGAUGGAGUUAAAGAACCCGAUGUCGUUGAGUUAUUAUUAUUGCACCUCGAGUCUUCUACCCAGUCAACGUUACAUUUUUCAAAAGCUGAGCGAAGCAUGCACGAAAAACGAGUUCCGGUUUUGCUUUUGGAUUGGGCAAGAGCCGUGAUGCUUCAUGAAUGGGAGGGCAAGCCAGAUAUUUCUGGGGAUGGCCCCUUUGGUGGUGCCCUCUCGCUGAUGACAGCUAUGUAUCAGAAGCGCCAAUCUCUCCUCCUAGGUGAUGUACAUUUCCGCGCCGAAUAUUUUGGCGAUCGUCUCGAUCCUAUUCAGAUGCCGGUUUCAUGGCUAUCCUUUACCUCGACUAGGCAAAAGGUUCAUAUAUUGGAUUAUCCGUAUAUUUUCAAUCCUACGUCGUUGGUUUCAUACUUCAGGGCUAUUAACUUCUCGCGGAUGAGUCGUUCCUACGAAGAGUCCACUUCGUUGCAAAAUCGAAUCAAUGCCAUCAUUGCCCCUGACAGCCUCGUCACAGAGUCGCACCAAAAGAACGUACUCCAAGAUCUGUUGAAGAUCCCAUCAUCCAAAUAUCUAAUCCUUGAUAUCAGCCGUAAAAACGUGCUCAGAGAUGCUUUCGACCAACUCUGGCGACGGCAAGAGCGCGAACUAAUGAGGCCAUUAAAGGUUCAUCUCGGAGAAGACAGUGGAGAAGAAGGGUUCGACUCUGGUGGUGUACAACAGGAAUUCUUUCGUCUCGCCAUUGCCGAGGCUUUAGAUCCUACUUACGGCGCCUUCGUCAUCGACGAUAGGACACGAAUGACGUGGUUCCAGCCCGGUUCUGCCCAACCGGAGUGGAAAUUCGAACUAAUCGGACUGCUUAUGUCGCUAGCCGUUUAUAACGGACUAACUCUUCCAAUAACGUUCCCAAAAGCCCUAUACCGCAAGCUUCUAGGUGAGCCUGUCACAGAGCUACACCAUAUCGCUGAUGGGUGGCCGGACCUCGCCAAUGGAUUAACCAACAUUCUUGAAUGGAAUGAGAAGGAUGGCUCUAUAGAGGAUGUCUUCGUUCUGACUUACGAAUUUUCCACGUCCAUGUUUGGCCAGCCCGUCUCACGCGAAAUGGAGUCGUCGAAUUCGAUAUCCUGGCCACAAUUCUCCAGUCAUCCAGAAUCUACUCCCCUCUCGGCAUCUAACCCGAGCGAUGCACCGCUAGUUACAGGCGAUAAUCGUAACGCUUAUGUGAGCGACUACAUCCGAUACCUAACCGACGUCUCGGUCGCUCCUCAAUUCAACGCCUUUGCCCGUGGUUUCCGAGCUUGUCUACAUCCAAAGUCCCUACAACUCUUAACGCCAUCACUAUUACAAAAUCUCGCAGAAGGUACACAAGAGAUCGACGUCGGGGAGCUUCGCCGCGCGGCACGAUACGUUGGCUGGGACGCAUCGCAUCGUACCGUGCGCGACUUCUGGUCCAUUAUUAAGAGAUACGACAGCCGGAUGCGCCGCAAGCUGCUCGAGUUUGUCACUGCUAGUGACCGCGUGCCCGUCGGCGGUAUGGCCAACAUCCAGUUCGUAGUCCAGAAGAACGGCGAGGAGGAAGGCGAGGGCGGCCACCUACCCACCGCAUAUACGUGCUACGGUACCCUUUUGCUCCCAGAGUACCGUGACAAAGAGGUGCUCCGAGAACGUCUAUCCAUGGCGCUUGAGAACGCUCAAGGGUUCGGAUUCGCGUAA